GCAGGUAACGACAAAAGCACAGGGCAGGGCAGCCAUCUCUCUCUCUAUGACUACUUUCCUCGAAGAAGCAACAUCUGCUUGGCCAAAGAUGCUCUCUUGGCCUCCAGCCAUGAGAGAACAAAGGGACUGUCUCUUUAUGGGAUAGUUUCCAGGUGUAUGUUACUUUUCUAAGCUAAGUCUGCCUUCUGGGAUCCGAUUGUAAACAGAAUGACAGGCAGAAUGUCUGGGGACCAAAGGAGAAGACGGGUUGGAAUUGUGGGCUAUGGGCAUCUAGGCCAGUACCUGGUAAAACGGCUACAAGAUGACAGACUCCGACAUGGGCUGGAGCUGGCCUUUGUUUGGAACCGGGACGCCAGGAAGCUGGUGGGGACAGUGCCAGAGGAGCUGCAGCUGGGGAACCUGACGGACUUCUUGGAGUGGCGGGCUGACGUCAUCAUUGAAGUGGCCCAUCCCUGCAUUGUCCAAGAUCACGGGGAGUCCUUUCUGAAAGCUGCAGAUUUCAUGGUAGGAUCCCCAACGGCCUUGGCAGAUUUGGACACCGAGCUUAAAUUACGCAAAGCUUCAAGAGAGGCCGGGCACACCCUCUAUAUCCCCAGUGGGGCUCUAUGGGGUGGACAAGACAUCCAGAGGUUGGAUGACAGAGGGUUACUUCAGGCACUGACUGUUACAAUGGUGAAACACCCCAGCAGCUUCCGACUGAGUGGGCACCUGGGGGAGCUUGCGAAAGGUGCCCAGCAGGAACGCGUGGUCCUCUAUGAGGGCCCUGUGCGGAGAUUGUGUCCCUUGGCUCCCAACAACGUCAACACCAUGGCAGCAGCCUGCAUAGCCGCACCCAGCCUGGGCUUUGACGGCGUGAAAGGCUGUCUUAUAGCUGACCCCAACCUCCCUGAUUACCACGUGGUGGAGAUUGAGGCCACUGGACAAGGCGGCUUCUCCAUCAGCACAAAGCGCAAGAACCCAGCUGCCCGUGGGGCUGUCACAGGGGCAGCCACUUUUGCCGCUUUCUGGAGCAGCCUGUUAGUGUGCCAGGGCCACGGAGGCCGAGUCUAUCUCUGCUGAGCUUUAUUGCAUCUGUUCUCUAGAGGAUUCACAGACGAGCUCCGUGGGUGCCAGAGGUUCGGUUGCAGGGAGCUGAGAAGGCCAGGAAAGAAAAGAGAAAUACCAGCUUCAAACCCCGCUGCAUGCCUUUAAUCCAUCAAAUCUAUAAACAUCCAUCUGUCUCUGCCUUCUUCCA